AUGGCAUCUCUAAAUGCUCACUUUUUGCUAUGGUUUAUAUUAAUUUCUAUUUUAAUUCUAGCAUUUCACAAGCGAGAAAGUAUCAGGUAUAAAUUCAAUGAAAUCAAAACCAAAAUCAGCCAUAGGCUGGGCAACAGAAUUCAUUUGAAUGACAACUUUGUACAAGAUCUGGAGGCUGGACUGAGUUCAAAGAAUUUCGAUAUCGUCAGCCAAAAUCGUUUGGAUUCAAGGAAAGGUCUUGAUGAAGGGUCCAAAGAAGAAAUCAAAAAGCUUAUGCACGAUAGGAAUAUAACUUUUGAUGAUGCCAGGCUUCUGUUAAUGUCUCAAAAGUUUGGAAACAAUAAUAUUGCACCUGAUGGGACGCCAAUGGAUCCUAAAGCAGUUACAUUUCGGAGGGACUAA